AUGACGAUGGCCAUCACGGCCGAGUCUCCUUCGCAAGCUGAUAUGCACAUGGACACAGACACAGGCAUGGAGACGGAGACAGAGACAGAGACAGCAACAGCAACGACGAUUCUUGCCUGCUUGGACUUUGCCGUCCAACUCUUCCGUCGCAACAACAAGCCAAUUUCUCAUCAGAAUAAUGGGCUUGUGUCUGCAGAAAACAACAAUGACGACAAUAACAAAUUUCGACUCGAGCCCUCCGCCUUCUGUUCCCUUCUCCAACACCUCGAGACUGAUCCUCGCGUAUCUCUUGAGCAUUUCAAUGUCGAGUACGACCCCGAGACGCGCCUUGCAUGCUUCAGGAUGACCCAGGGCCGUCUCCACGCCUUCGUCACCCAGAAAUUCGGCAAGCUCGUCUCGGACGCCGCCAGAACCACUUUCCCUCAUGUUGACCAACUUUUCGAGUGGCCAUCCGACUUCUUUCCCCCGCCCUCUGAGUCAAACUCCCUCGACAACGGCUCAGAGUCACCAGGCUCCCUCCCCGACCCUCUAAGCUACCUUCCGCGUGUGGUCGCUGAGAUCGCCUACUCGAGCCCGUCGACCUUGGAGGAGCUUGAUGCCAAAUGCGCCCGAUACAUCUCGUACACUCAUGGCAAAGUUCGCGCCGCAAUUGCAGUCAAGAUCCCCUACGACCGCCAGAACCCGCGUGACAUCGCCGGCAUCAGACUCGAUGAUUGUCUCGUUGCCGUCUGGGCCUGGGACGUGAAGAACGGAAAGGUCAAGUGUGUGAUGAGCUGGGCGAGCGUCACUCGACCUAACGCCAACAUCACCCUGCGCCCGUGGCACUUUUCGGAUCCCGUCAGCAACAAGCGACAGGAGAAUAGACGCGGUAGAAGGGGAGGCAGGAGAGCCGCAACAUUGGGUCGUUCCAGAGCCAGCGACAUUCGUGUCCCCUUUACCGAAAUCAGAGAAAUCCUCCGCACAUCCAUUGAGUUUGCCUCCCGAGGCGCCUGA